AUGUCGGCCGCCGCGCGCAGACGCCAGGCAGCCGGGGCGCCGCGAGAAGCCCCCGCUGGCGGAGAUGAGGAGCCAGGCAUGGCGGCCCCGAGCCUCAGCGUCUGCCUCAAGCUGCUGGCGGCGGCUCUCUACGGGUUCAGCUCCUUCCUCAUCGUGGUGGUGAACAAGAGCGUCCUCACCAGCUAUGGAUUUCCCUCCUCACUAUGUGUUGGACUAGGCCAGAUGGUGGCCACAGUGACUGUGCUUUGGGUGGGAAAGGCACUCAGGGUGGUGAAGUUUCCAGACUUUGACAGAAAUAUACCUCGAAAGACAUUUCCACUACCUCUUCUAUAUUUUGGGAACCAAAUCACAGGACUGUUCAGCACAAAGAAACUGAACUUGCCAAUGUUCACGGUUCUGAGAAGGUUUUCUAUUCUGUUUACAAUGUUUGCUGAAGGAAUUUUACUCAAGAAGAAAUUUUCUUGGGGCAUUCAAAUGACAGUGUUUGCAAUGAUAAUUGGUGCAUUUGUAGCUGCUAGUGCUGACUUGGCAUUUGAUCUAGAAGGAUAUAUUUUUAUCCUGAUUAACGAUGUCUUGACAGCUGCAAAUGGUGCAUAUGUAAAACAGAAACUGGAUUCAAAGGAGCUGGGAAAGUAUGGUCUGCUUUAUUACAAUGCACUGUUUAUGAUUCUUCCCACCUUGGCCAUAGCCUAUUUCACAGGAGAUGUGCAAAAGGCAAUGGAAUAUAAAGGCUGGGCAGAUACACUCUUCGUUAUACAGUUUACACUCUCAUGUGUAAUGGGGUUUAUUUUGAUGUACUCCACAGUUCUUUGCACUCAGUAUAAUUCUGCUCUUACAACUACAAUAGUUGGCUGUAUUAAGAAUAUAUUAAUAACCUAUAUCGGAAUGUUUUUUGGAGGAGACUAUAUUUUCACAUGGACUAACUUCAUUGGGUUAAAUAUCAGUAUUGCUGGAAGCCUGGUGUAUUCUUACAUCACUUUUACAGAAGAGCAAUUGAACAAGCAGUCUGAAGCUACUAUCAAGAUGGAUAUUAAAGGAAAAAGCUCAGUAUGACCAGGGGAUUACUUAUAAGAAGUAACUUGUUCAACGCUCACUGGCAGUGUACAGUAAAAAUAUUACAAUGUGGGUGUCUGUUAUGGAAUAAUGCUGGUACUCUGCAUUUGCACAAUCUAAAUACGCUGCCUUUUUAAAAUUUUUAUUAAAAAGAGAUUUAUAAUUGACUGCACAUUAAACAUACAGCUGGUUAAUUUAAUCUAGACUAUGAGGCAUAAAUUUUUUGUAAUUUAUUAUGAUCAAAUCUGGUGGUAGAACCGUGCAUGGAUGAUGUAAACACUGAUUUUUACAAGAGUACUGUUAAUAUUCUUAGAUACAGUUUUGUUUUCUUGCAAGAAAACUUGUCCUAACCUAUCAGUUACGGUUUAGCUUGCAUCUAGGUUGUCUUGCAGGUAAGCAUAUCAAUGGGCAAUAAUAAAUAUGUGUAAUUCACUUUUAAGAUGAAUGAUUGACUCAGCUCCAUCCCCUUCAUGCUGUCUAAAAGGGCCAGGGUGAUGUCCAGGGUCUCAAAAAGCCCUGCCUCCCUUUCAGGGCAGAAUUCCUCAGUUCAGGCACAUCGGGCUGCCUUCGGAGGAAGCCCUCACAAACCCUGGUGUGGGGGCAUGCCAGUUGUGAGGAUGGGCGGGUUGGUAUUGUGAGUAGAAGUGGUGCUGUUGCGUGGAGCCUUGUGGAGAUUCUGGGUAGUGCUGCAGCCCAGAAGGGCCCUGUGGGAAAGUACUGUAGCUUAGAUAAGCCCCCAGGGGUGGAACAGGGGAGAACUCACCUGUCCCUGAAGCAGUUGAGCAAAAAUAUGAUUUAAAGCCAGCAUAGGUCCCUCUGUGCUGGGCUGCAAGUUUUGUGCUGUGCCUCAUGGAGAGGCAACAUGGAAUCUCACCCCUUAGCUCAGAAAACGCAAGUUAACAUUAGUUUAUUUUAUUUUCAAGAAGGAAGCUACUGAAGCAGGGUAACAUUUAUAGACUUUCACUAACUAUAAGACAACUGUAGGCCAUGCAUAGAUCAUAAAAAGAUACAUAAUUUGGGCAAUUUUUAUUUAUUGUCAAUAUUAAGCUUUCAGAGGAACAAGAAAAAGGGAAAGAGAAGAGUUUUCUCUAGAGCUAGAAUAUAUACAGAAAUGAAGGGAGACUGAAAUGUAACUCCUUUUUUUUUUUUGUUUACUAAGGAAAGGAAUGGCUCUGCAACCUUGCUUAUGCAAGUGCAGAUCAUUCAGCAGAUGUAUCAAUUCUGCAAUACAUUCUUAUUUCAGUCAGUCAUCCGGUUUUAAGUUUUUGGUCAAAACAUUAGCUUGAAUAGUCAAUGAUUUUAGUAGAUGUUUAAUUGUUUUCAUUAACUUUUAAGCCUGUGCUCAUCCUGCUCAGAUUCUGCAUGCCUCACAACAGCUUAGUACCUCUUCUUGUAAAGCUGAUGUAGGAUGGUGAAAUUCGUGAAUAGGUGGUGGGAUGAUGGUACAUCACCUUCCAAUUUCACAUAAUAUAUUGGAGAACUCAGCAGGGAAGCACUGAAUUAAAAUAAGACCUAUCCUGCAGUCAUACAUGAGUAACUUUACUUACAUUAGUAAUCCCACUGGACAACUUAAUAAGUAAAGGUACUCACGUGCAUAAGGUUUUGCAGGGUAAGGCCUCGCACUCGUUCAAAAUCAAGUGAAAAUCUGUGUCUAAAAGAUUUUUUAAAUGAAUUAGUGUUUUUGAUUCCCUUCCAAUCCCAGUACCAAGUGUGCCCCAUUAUUCUGAAACAAUGGUAAAAGAAUAAAUUGGAAAUAUGUUAUCUUUUUAGUUUAGUAAAUUAACAGUUAAUCCAUGUAUAACAUUUUGUGCAGCUACACGUUGACAGGUCACCUAGAAUGGAUAUUUGUUACCUCAUAGUAGAGAAAUACCUUUACUCUUCUAGAUGAUGUCACGGUAAUUCAUUAAUUGGUGCAUUUAAUUUGUACCAUUAUAUGAUUGAUACAGUUCUGAUGUUUUAACUCUAUCCAAAUUUUAUGCUCUGUUCAGUUUAUUUUUGGACGCAGUAAAAUUUCUUUUACAUUGUGAGCUGUUUUUAAUGGAGAAAUAUUUUUAAAAUGUCUAGCUGUAUUGAUUUUUUUAAAAAAAUUGAUGCAAUAUUUCUGUCUGUCUUCUUCCCUUUGAAUCUUUCUUUGGUUAAAAUUGUACACUUAUCAUUUUCCCACAAUUUGUUCCUACUCCUACCCUUCACUUAUAAGAAGAGACUUUCACAGGCAAUUAAUCUAAUUGCAAUUGGAAGGAUAUUUGGUGGAAAACUAAGUGACAUGGUGUUGAAAGAAACAUUGCAUUUCAGAAUAUUUUUUAGAUAAUUGAGAUGGGCAUUUCUGUAACACUUUCUGUAGAAACGUUUAAUCAGCAUACUGUGUAUUACAGUAUGUGUUUACUGUGUUUCUUUGGCAGUUUGCAUUGUUAGUCUAGCCCUCCAUUUUAGAAUCCUUAAAGGUAGCCUGCUUAUCUAGUUCUUGUUUUAAUUGAGCUAAAUGGAAAAAUUAUGUAUGACAUCCAUAUACCGCAGGAAAAGGAUGGAGGAGCAUUCAACACAAAUGACUCAAACUUACCUGAUAUGUUCCUGCUUUUGCUAACUUCCUAAAAUCACGCAGCCAGCUCCUGCUCUACUGUGAUUCCUCACUAUGAUCCAUGAUGUGAUGACAUGGCUACUAGUGUCAGCCAAAGGGGCUAUCCUGUCAAGUGCCAUUUCAGUGUGGUGCGGUUUUGUAAAGUCACUUCUUUGACCCUGAUGGUUCAAUAGACUUUGCAAAAACACUACCCCCUUACGUCAGUAGUUUGAAAACAGUCCCGUACUGUUGUAGGCCAGCUCCAGGUUAGCAGUGGCAGCACAGAAGACAUUAAUUGAGGAAAGUAAACUUUAGAUUAUUUUUUGUGCUGAAUGUCUCUUGCUGUGUCUUAUGGAAUAUUUUAGCUCAUAUACAAAAUAAAGGCCUUGCAGGAAAUCUUAACACACUCCAAAAAAAAAUUAAUAAUAGGCUAGGGAACCAAAUUUUCUCUCUAAUUUUAGCUUGUCGUGAUCCCCAUUCUUUUUAUAAAAUUUGGAUCUUUAUUUAAAUAUUGAAAUCUCAACUUUACAUGUGAUAAAUGUGCCUGUUUUUAAAUGUCAAGGUCAGCAACUCUGUCAAAAGAGGGUUUUCAACUCCGCUUAUUCUGCUAUAAACGUCAAAAUAGGCUCCCAAAUUCUUUUUUUUCUUAUUUCUCCUUGUCCUCUCACCCUCUGAUGUGGGAAUCUGGAACAAAUAGCAUCAUAAUGCCACCAACUGGAAGCAAGAAUGCAAAGAAUUGCUAGAUCCUGCCCCUGGACAUAAAAGCCUCAGCACUGUCCCAUCAGUUUGCCUUUCCUCCUCUGGAAGCCUGGAGUCCUUGCUUCAGCUCUUCUGCCAUCUCUUUUCCCUUUUUCUCUUUUGUGGGGAUUUUAAAGAAAAAAUGGGACAGAAUUGAGGGGUGGGGAGUAAGAGAGAAGUAGGAAGCCAACAGCAGUUUCUCCGAUGGAGAGUUGAAGGCAGAGCAAGUUGCUGUUCGUUUAAGCACCACCCUUCAAGGGGGUUGCAUCUAGGGCCAACUAUUCAUAAAGGCCGCCACUCAGGGAUGGUAUGCCCAGUCUGCACCCGACCUCUAAAGUGGGAGUGGCAGCUCCCCUCCCCAGCCCUUGGUAGGCAUCCCUCCUCUGAAGGGUCUUUGGGGACCUCCCUCCCAAAUGUAUUUCUGGUGUUGCAAACUCUGGCUUAGGAGAGAG